UUUCUAGAUUGCUGGGUGUCGUUAGUCUAGAAACUGGCACGGUACAUUCAUCUUAAUCUACAUGUAUUUUGAGAGACAUUAACAGUGUUAAUAGCUAAGUGUUUUACACUCAUAGCCACUGAUGAUCCAGCUGGGGUUUCUUCUGUAGAAAUGUUCAAGUGCCACAAGGCGUAUUUGCAUUAUUUGACAGGGAAGUAUCUCUAAAGUAAAGCUACAUAACAGCGAUAUUAAUUAAUUCAUCGUUAGGUUCGUGCUCCAGUAGUACCAUUUUGACACCAAGUUUGAACGAUGCAGCCAAAACAAGUGGCAGCAAUGGGGCUGAUCUCUGGAAUCAUCUUAUUUACGUUCAUCUCAAUGGGCGGUGAAGCAUCCCUCUCCAGCCGACUUGGUUAUAAAAGAUCUGCGUUCCAAGAGGAGUCGUUAACAGAGGUUAAGCAUAAUGAAUGUGAAGAUAAAGGACAAUACAGAUCAGUGAAAGGGUUUUGCUGCCACCUCUGUCCUGCAGGAAAUAAGUGGCUUGAUGACUGCAUUUCCGAUGACGGCCAAUCUUUCUGCAAAUCUUGCAUGCCAGGGAAGAGCUACAUGGACGUUGCAAACCGUGAUCCUCAAUGCAAAAAGUGCAGCACUUGCAAUAUUCUCUAUGAAGAUGUUCAACGGUACUGUACUGUCACUUGUGACACUGUGUGUCAGUGUAAGGAUGGAUACAGUCGGCCUCAUCCUUUACAGCCUUGUGGAGUUACAUCAAACACAGAAAAAAACAUUGCAAUUCCUACUGGAAUUGGGACCUUCACGCUUCUGGUGGCGGUGGUGGCCUUAUUGAUUUAUCGGAAGAAGAAAUGCUUAUACCCCUUUGGCGCCAACCUCUGGUCACAGUGUAGAAAAGCUCCCACGGACGCACUCGGAGACGGAGAUUAUUCUGGCAAAGUGACAGAGACUGUGCCCCUUCUUCAUUUGAAAGUGCCCAAGGAUGUCCUUAAGAAACCACGAAUGCUCAUCAAGAAGAGAAUGAAGUCCAAUGAUGGAGAAGUUUGGCGCCAGUUCCAUGAGUUGUUGCCAGAAGUGUAUAAAUCCAUCUCUGAAAAUACCUUCUAUUUCUUGUACGAGAUGGAUAAAAAAUACAACAUUCACAUAAGCGUGUACUGGAACGUUUAUGAAAUUACUGACAUCUCAGCACGUGCAAGCUAUUUACUCAAUUACUUUAUUCGUGCGGGUGAGAAAGAGUGCCAGGGGCUCCUAGAGAUGAUCCUUGCAGGACAGAACAAGCAAAUGCAGCUGCAGACCCUGCUUGACUUUGCCGUUAAAUGCUCUCCAACUCUUAAUCGAAACACUGCACAUAAAGAACUUAACAUCUCAGAGGAUGGUAAGACAGUGGAAUGGCUCGAGAGCCCUCCAGAUAAACCCGAUCACCCAGAUCGGUUCAAAUGCUGGUCACAGGUGCUGUCCUCUGAGACUUUCUCUGGAGGAUGCUUCUUCUGGGUGGUGAAUGUGGGGGACGUGGAAAACCUUCGUGUUGGUGUCUCUUACCAGAGUAUUCUACGUAAAGAACAAGACAGUGCAUGCCUGAUGGGAUUUAACAGCAGGUCCUGGUGUUUAUGGAAACGUAAGAACAAAUACAAGGCCUGGCACGACCAGCAUAGCACGGAGCUGGAAGUGGGUGAACAUCCUCGCAGAAUCGGUGUUGGUUUGGACUAUGAGAAACGGGUUCUGUUAUUUUACAAUGCUGACAACAAUGAGCAUCUACACACAUUUUAUGCUCACUUCUCUGAACCCCUGCAUGUUGCUCUGUGGGUGUGGCAUGGGUUCCUCACUAUUGAGCCUGUUAACAACGAUUAAAAUGGAUAUAGAUUUAAUAAUUUAUCCGUGUAAAAUAAUAAACAGGAUCAAAUUGCCAUCCAAAUUCUCUUAGGAAAGUCGUAGGAAGGUUUUAAGAAACUCUUUCCAUUCACCAUAUUGUUUUCACUGCCAUGUGCACUGAUAAUCUCUAUAUAUAAUUAUUGGGAAGGAAAUAUCUUUCCAAAAGGAUGCUUCUCCAUAGUAAUUUCAUGUUCAGGAGUUUUAACAGCCAAACGUGACUUUUUUUUCAAAUUCACUGUUUAUCACAGAUACCAAUGUAACUCCACUGAACAAGUUGAGCUUUGCCAGCCAGGUUAAUUAUCUUUAUAGGAAGGGUUACUAUUUGCAACGUCUGAAUGGCACAAUGUUCUCUUGUAAUUUCAUCACAUUAAUUCGAUGGAACUUUCCUUUGGGCUGUAAAUUGCCUACGACAUAGUCCAUUCCUUUUCCACAUAUAUGUGGAUAUUACAAAUAGAAAGGUUUUGUAUCCAUCUACUGGUCCACCCACGCUCUUAUAAUCAGCAAAAUCACGGAUAACAUAAACUUCCAAUUUGAAGGUAAGAAUGACAAAUUGGUCUAACUCCAUGGAUAAGACAGUCACAAAUCACAAUAGAUGUAUAGUACUGUAUUUCCACAUUUUUGCUGAGUAGUUGGAUAACUGUCAUCACGUCCAAUCUCUAUCAAAAAAUUUGUAAUGUAUAUAAAAUAUCGUAUAGUCCCAUGGGAUUGGCUAUCAACAACAAGGCAACUCCUAUGACUAAUUGGGAAUGGGACGCAAGCGUAGGAUUGAUCACCCUGUCGCUGGCCGCCUUUGGGGAGGGUGUAUAGUGUGAAAGGCCGAAACACCCUAGGAACCAAAGGUACACUACUGACGAUGCGCUCCCCAAAUUUCACCAGGCUCACUGUUCAUGAACUCUUGGAAGUGCUUGCACAAAGGAUAGUAACAUCUCAUCCUGUGUUCUUGGAAUCUGGCAAUUGAGCAAUAUGUGUUACCAGGCUGUGAUUCAUACUUUUAUAUAUGAAGAACGUUUAAUGGGAAGUCAACCCCAGAAAAAAACAAUAAACAGCAGUCUUGAUUUGAAGCUUUCGUGACUGCAGGAAUCCAUACUCUUCGGUUCUUUUGCGAAAGUCACGUAGGUAGAAAUAAAAUAAAUCACGACGUUUCGGAGGCAACACAAGCCUCGCUGAAAAACAGCAGUCUCUUGAGACCUGACUUCAGUCAAAUGAAGUGAUACAGACUUUGGCCACUAGAGAGCAGCAGUGACAGCAAGCACUCUGCGACCACUUGUUGACCCUGUCGGUACCAUUGAUGGCUGGAGUGAUGUUGCCUUGACUAGAGAUUGUUUAUUGUGUUUUAAGUAAGAGGCCUCAUAAUAAAUUCCCCCGAGAAUUAGUUUGAUACAUGUCUGCUUUAAAUCGCAGGUAAACUGGGUCUUUUUAGCCUAGUUAUUGUUGGCCAUAACGUCUGCGCGAAGCAUGGGAUUAAUAAUCUUGGGGUGGUAUUUGAUGCGUCUCUUUCCUUCGAAGCUCAAGUUAAUAAGGUUGUGAAAACCUCGUUUUUUCACCUAAGAAACAUUGCUCGACUGCGCAAAAUCAUUAUAUCGUGACUUAAAGUCUUCGUAACUGCAGGAAUUCAUAUUUUUGGGUCUUUCGGUAAAGCACCGUAGAUAGAAAAAAUAAUAAAAUAGCAAUAUCACGACGUUUCGAUCUCAACACAAGAAAUCGUCUUAUGGUGAAAAAUAUAUCACCAAAAGAUUAUAAUUAUAUCGGUUGAUUCUGAGGUUGUUCCACGCACUUGUCCUCUCGCGAAUCGAUUACUGCAAUGCCUUGCUUGUUGGUGUUUCAAAUAAGGUCCUUGGGAGACUAGAUGUUGUUCAGAAUGCGGCAGUUAGAGUACUCACCCGAACCCCAUUACGUGACCCCAUUUCUCAAGUUGUCUUAUCAUUUACACAGGCUACCGGUCUUGAAACGAGUAGAAUUUAAGUGCCUUCUACUAGUUUUAAAGCCUUGCAUGCGCUGGCACCACCAUAUAAUCACGAGCUAAUUCAUCCAUACACCCCCUCAAGGUCGUUAAUAUCUGCAGACUCUGCCCUUCUGUGUAUCCCUCGAUACUGGCUGCGUUCCUGGGGUGAGCGGGCAUUUGCAAUGUCUGCGCCUCGGUUGUGGAAUUCCCUCCCGUUCGAAAUUCGUUUCGCCUACAAUGCGGAUACUUUUAAGUCACGUCUAAAAAUUCAUUUUCUUAAGUCUGUUUGAUUUAUUUAGCUCUCCUCACUUGACUUUCCUUAAUCUUACAAGGCGAUUUCACAAAUUAGUGGAAGGCGCCUUACAAAUGAAUGCAAAUUAUCGGUUUUCAUCGUAGUUUUGUGCUGUACGAAUGAAUUGUGGUGCAAGGGUCAGCCGAGUGGUUAAUGGAUGAACAGAAAAAACGUGAUGGAGGGUGGAUUGACACCGGUUGUUGCUGGGAAUAAGUGUCCUCAGGUAGAUCAUCGUUAUGAGAGUUAAAAGUGUUUUCCAUCACGGUUAGAAGCUUAGAGCUAAUUAUUUUGCUGUAUCCACCUUCCAGGGGUAGAUAUCCUAUAAUCAAUUGUAAUCCACAGCACAAUAAUCCAGAGAGCUCUGUCCUCGAUAAUUGUAAAGCACCACGAAUAUAUGCAGUAUGCACAAUCUUUAAUUCACUAAUGUAUUUACCAAUACACGACUAUUAAAGCAAUUUACAAUGUAAGUUAAUAUAAAAUACCUAAACGUAAUAUUGAGAAAUAAAUCAUUAUAAUACUGCAAUAUUCUGUAUACGCAAAUUGAUGGAUUGAUGGUUGCCAUAAAUAAACACUGGCUCAUGAA